AUGCUGGGCCAACUCGUGGGUUCCGCCAUGCUCUUGGCCGCAACCGCUAUCUUUCUUUACUACACUGCGUGGACGCUGUUAAUGCCAUUCGUGGAUCCCGGCCAUCCUCUUCAUGACCUCUUCCCCCGCGCGUUUGGGCCAUUCGCAUCCCCGUUAUCCUGA